GUUGCUCCUUCCUCUUUUUUUGGACUGAUUUACUUUUUUAUUCCGUCUAUCAGAUUUGCAUCAUAGAAGGCCCCGAAACGGUGCAGGAUUUCGCCAAGAUGGAGCUUCAAGAGAUUCAGGAUAACAUUCGAAGUCGGAGGAACAAGAUUUUCUUACAAAUGGAAGAGGUUCGUAGGCUUAGGAUACAGCAAAGAAUUAAAAGUGCUGAACUUGGAAUUAUAAGUGAAGAACAAGAGAAUGAACUUCCUAACUUCCCAUCAUUCAUUCCAUUCUUGCCUCCUUUGGUAAACUCACAGGCAAACCUCAAGCAAUAUUAUGCAACCUGUUUUUCUCUUAUUGCUGGGAUAAUUCUUUUUGGUGGUCUCCUUGCACCCAGUCUGGAGCUUAAGCUUGGACUAGGGGGCACAUCAUAUGCAGAUUUCAUUGAAAGUCUGCAUCUGCCUUUGCAGCUGAGUCAGGUUGAUCCCAUAGUGGCAUCAUUCUCGGGAGGAGCGGUUGGAGUAAUCUCCUCAUUAAUGGUUGUUGAGAUAAACAAUGUAAAACAGCAGGAGCAGAAAAGAUGCAAAUACUGUCUUGGUACCGGAUAUCUUGCAUGCGCUCGCUGUUCAAGCACGGGAGCACUUGUUCUUAUUGAACCAGUAUCCACAAUCAAAGGUGGAAAUAAGCCUCUUUUACCACCAAAAACUGAGAGAUGUUCAAAAUGCUCUGGAUCUGGCAAGGUUAUGUGUCCAACAUGCCUUUGCACUGGAAUGGCCAUGGCAAGCGAACAUGAUCCCCGAAUUGAUCCUUUCGAUUAGGUUACAAAAUUAUUGUAUUCCUAGCAGGCAAUUUGAAGAUUAAUUUGCGUGUAAUUUGUUUCCGUGGCGGGGAAUUGGAAUUUCUGUAAAUAUUGAUAAACUCCUCCAUAUAAGAAAAAGUGGUUAAGAAUAUAUGGACAGCUUCGAUUUGUACGAGGACUAAAAUAAAGUGCCGCAGCGAGAGAUAUCAUAUUUACUUUUU